AUAUAAAAACGUAUUGUGCUAGCUUUAGAAUCUGCUUGACAUUGCAUGCUAUUAAGUGGCACUGAUGAUCAAUCAGUGUGCCCUGAUGAUCAGUGUGGCCCCAGAAGUGCCACCUGUCAGUGUCCAUCAGUGCCAGCAGUCAGUGCUCAUCAGUGCCACGUGCCAGUGCACAUCAAUGCCACAUAUCAGUGCCCAUCUGAGCUGCCUUUCAAUGUCACCCAUCAGUGCCAGUCAGUGCCACCUAUCAGUGCCACCUAUCAGUGCGCAUCAGUGCUGCCUAUCAGUGCCGCCUAACAGUGCCAGUCAGUGCUGCCUAUCAGUGCCAUAUAUA